AUGCCCAACUGUAUAUUGACCCUUGGCAAGUUAUUCAAAAGGCGAGAAAAGACGGAGAAAAUCCGUAAACAAAACGUACAGAAGGGGUCCAAUUCUAUACAUACACAUGUUCAAAUAGUUCAAAACACCCCUGGGCCUUCACAAGUUCGGAAAUCCUCCAGCUGUCGUGAUUUCUUUAGGAAAUUAUCAACACGCUCAUCGAGAGCUAGUAAUAGCGAUUCGCCUCGCGCGCCACCAGUAAUCGCAUUUGAGGACAGAAUCUUGCAUGGUGGCAGUGAUAUCUUCCACACCCCACCCUCCGAAAUCAACAACCACCAUAAUUUCUUAGCAGAUGCGUUUCUAACAGAAGACGAAUACGGAGUCUCGCUCGCUACAAUUCCGCUUUCACCAUAUGCAAUAUCAUUCGAUGAUAAUGUAUUAAGUACAAGCACGUCCAAAGAAGAAGAUACCCAUCCCUUUACCACCACCAGCUCCAGUGCUUCGGUCACUGAAGCCAAUGUACAAAUAUAUCAACCUGCACAUGUAAAGAUUGUCGAGAUGCCCGAAUAUGAGGAGCAUCACAGCGACAACGAUUCCCUCUUUAUUGAAGAAGAGCUUAAUGAAGAAGAUCCGAUUUCUCAAACUAUCAUUUCAAAGUCUGGUACUUUGGAAGAGACAACGACAAAUGAUAGGUCGUCAAUAUAUAGGUUAGAGAUGGUGAACCUCGUUGCGAAACACCAAAGCAUUAUGGCUAAGCAAGAACGUGAGAUUGCUCAUUUGAAAAAGUUGUUAUUAGAACAACGGCACGUCAAUAACCUAUUGCUGAUGGCUACACACAAGGGACACACGCUGCAAGCAGCCAAGGACCCAAGUGAAUUCAAAGUAAGGCUGUCAUUUAUCCCAAUUCAAAUAAUCAGCGAACAAAAUGCCGAGGAAGAACAGCCUAAAGAUUUGCUCCCUCCUUUUAUUGCCAAACGACAGGAUCAAGUUCUGGUAAGGACUGAGAUGUACCGCAAGAGUUCAUCAGAAUCUUCAUGGGCACGACACGGCUCCAUCACAUCGGAUGUUUCCAGUAUAAUGAGCAGUUCACACCGUCACCAAGCGCAACGUAAACUUUCAGAGGACCUGUAUAAACCUCUGCCCUGUGUAGCAUUAUAG